AUGUUAAGAGGGUAUGAACCAAAGAACAAGCCGGAAUGGGAUGGAGGGAAUUGGAUUUGUAGAUGUAAGAUAAAGACGUUGUUACAGUGUGAAAGAGAUAAUAACGCGAUGGAUAAAAGCAGAGAGGACAUAUUCCAAAGGUUGACGAUGGUGAAAGUGCCCGACUUUAUUCAGUGGUCAUCUGUUCCUGAAAACGAGUGUAAAAGUCUAUGCUUAAGGAAUUGUUCCUGCUUAGCCUAUUCACAUGACUCUUAUAUAGGAUGUAUGUAUUUGAGCGAGAGCCUAGUUGACACGCAGCAAAACAAGGAUGAGGGUGGUUUAGAUCUCUACAUCCUCGUGCUCUACUCAGAACGCGGAUUUCUUAAGAAAUUUGUUAUGAAGAAGAUGGUGGUGGCAGCUUUACUAGUCACCAUUUCCAUGGCUUUGUUGAAGGGUGGUCAUGCAUUUGGUCUGCCUCCGUGCUGCGAACAUGAGUUCGGAUAUGACCCUAAGUGCUGCCAUCAUGCCCUGGCCGCGGCCGCUCGCUUGGCGAAACCCUAG